UCGGGCCCUUCACUGUACUCUAGCAAGCGGUGCCUUCAGCAUCUGCAAUUUUUGCACAAUCAAAACCGUUUCGCCCUUUUGAAUCAGAAUAACAAGAUGAUCUCAAUCUGAGGAAGCAAUCGUCGAUUCAAUCAAUCUCAGCUUUCUCGGAUGUUCGGAUCCGUCAGAUAAAGAGGCCCACGGCGCUGGUUCUCCGGCGGCGAUGGAUUCCGGCGCCGGCACCGCCGUCGGCGAGAUGUUCGACGAAAUGCCCCAAGAGAAGAGGGCGAGGAUUGACGCGGGCGCCGAGGACCCGCCGGAGUCGUCGUGGGCGGGCCUCCACGCGGACGCCCUGGGCGUCGUGCUCCGCUUCCUCCCCUGCCUCGCCGACCGCGCCAGGGUGCGUGCCGUGUGCCGCCAGUGGCGCGACGCCGCGCGCGGCCGCGGCGUGGCCCCGCCGCUGCCGCUGCUGGUGCUCCCCAGGUUCAGGUUCGCGAGCCUGACCCCCGGCGGCGUGCUGUCGGCCGCGCGGCGCGCCUGGAUGCCACCGGGGCUGGACGCCGGCAACGCCUGCUGCGUGGGGUCCUCUGACGCGUGGGUCGUGGGCGCCGGGCAGGCCGGCGGCGAGUGCUUCAUUGUGAACGCCUUCUCCCACGAGGUGCGCCGUCUACCGCACCUGGGCACCUACGACUGCUCGCUGCGCAAAGUGGCGCUCUCCGCUUCGCCUGAGUCGGCACCCGACUGGAUUGCGGUUGCCUUCAUGAUCCGCUGGUCCAGGCCUGAACUGGCGCUCUGGAGACCCGGGAUGAGGUCAUGGCGCGUUUGCCAUCACGCUCUGUUCGCGGGGCACAUCGAUAUCGCCUUCUACCAAGGGAAGCUAUACAUGCUCUGGAAGUUCACGCCGUGCCUCUUCGCCUUUGAGCUCGGUGAUGAUGAGCAUGGUGUCACCAUCUCUCGCAUGAAGGAUUGUUUCAUCGAAAAGCUCCUCCCUACCACUCUUGGGUCCACCCAUGAACUGAGCUGCAACAUGGUGGAGUGGCAUGGAAGACUGUUACUGAUCAUCAGAUACUAUGGUGGUUACCAAGCCAGGCACAGAGUUAAGGUCAAAGUGUUCGUGAUGGACUUGAGCACGAACCCAUCUGUACUCACUGAGAUCCACAGCUUCGGCAGCGACUGCAUCUUCAUUGGCUCAGGCGGCUGCAAGUCCUUUCCUGCUGGUCAGCACGGUGGAGUUGAAGGUGACCUUAUCUACUUCGGUCCUGAUCAUUACAACCCUCACGAUGCAUUUGUGUACAGCAUGAGAGAUGGUAGGACAGGGCCCAUUUUUAAGCCAUUACCUUGCGUCACUCAUGCAUCGGAGCGCAACCUCGGUUUCCCGGUGUGGUUGUUUCCUAAAGAAUGAUGUGCUUCAGGAGCAAAUCUGUUCUAAUGGGUGGUCAGGUCAGGUGCUGCGGUUUGCUCUCAAAGGUUCUGUGUGCUGUGAUGCAUGAUGUUUUGUAACUCAAUCUGUUGGAGAGUCAUGUGUGUUCCGUUCCCAAAUCCCUGUCCAUAAUCCAUAUAGUGAGGGAGCUUAAUUGGGGAACAAGGGAGAUCAUCGGCAGAAAUUGUUUUCUGCAGUUGUAUAUGCCUCAAAUGGUCUACAUGCAAGUUUUUAAUUGGCA